UCUUGGUUGCAACUUGCAAGUGUCCUCCUUAUCCUACACUAUCCCCACGCCACCCACUCGUUCUGCACUCAUCAGCCUUGCCAGUUGCCACUACCACACCAGUUUACUGCUUCAACUAGACUUCAAUUCUUCUCAAAAAAAAAAAAAAACUAGACUUUAAUUACGCGCUGUACAUCUUUGACCAUUAGGAAGCUUAUAUAAUCAUCCUCAAUCAAACCCUAAAAGCUCUAGAGACGACCUCCAUUGCCUCAACAGGAUAAACUGAUUGUUCCUAUCAGUUGCACAAUUCGACCAAUGAUGCUGAUGCUGUCGUCAACAUCUACAAUCAUUCAGUUCAUUCCUGAAAGUUAGACUGCAUCCUUCGUUCUUAAAAGCAAGACAUUGGUCAGCUUUAUUGCACUAUUUCUAGAGACAUGAGCACCUCAUCACCGUUGCAACAUUGUAAUUCACCUUUUGGUGAUAUUUAAUGUUAAAAGGAUUGCCGGAAUUGUGGACCUGAAAGCAAAUGGAAACAGUGGCUAGUUCAAAGAUGGAGAAUCACAAGUCUCUUAACUCAAGGGAUCCACCUACUAACCGUGCUUUAACACCACUAAGGGUGUUAAGAGGUGUAACAUGUUUAAUGGUGUUAGUUCUAACAGCAUUUAUGAUGUUAGUGUACGCUGGUUUUGUGACUGCCGUCAUCCUCCGAUUUUUCAGCAUACACUACAGCAGGAAAAUAACAUCCUUUUUCUUUGGCGCCUGGCUAGCUUUGUGGCCUUUUCUAUUUGAAAAGAUCAACAAAACGAAGGUGGUUUUCUCUGGAGACAAUGUUCCAGCUGGGGAGGAGCGUGUUUUACUUAUUGCGAACCAUCGAACUGAGGUUGAUUGGAUGUACUUGUGGGACCUUGCAUUACGCAAGGGUCAGAUUGGAUCCAUAAAGUAUGUUCUUAAGAGUAGUUUGAUGAAGCUACCCGUGUUUGGUUGGGUAUUUCAUAUUAUGGAGUUCAUUCCAGUAGAGAGGCGAUGGGAAGUUGAUGGAGUAAUCAUGCACCAAAUGCUUUCAUCUUUUAAGGGUCCUCAAGAUCCCCUCUGGCUUGCACUUUUCCCUGAAGGAACAGAUUUCACUGAUCAAAAGUGCAUUCGAAGUCAAAAGCAUGCUGCUGAAAAUGGAUUGCCAAUCCUGAAGAAUGUCCUGCUUCCAAAAACAAAGGGCCUUUGUGCCUGUUUGGAAGAAUUGAAGGACUCCUUGGAUGCAGUUUAUGACAUAACUAUUGGGUACAAGCAUCGCUGCCCAACUUUCUUCGACAAUGCCUGUGGAGUAAACCCUUCGGAAGUACACAUCCAUGUCUGUCGUAUCCCUGUCAAUGACAUCCCAACAUCUGAAGACAAGAUUGGUUCAUGGCUGCUGGAUAGAUUCUGUCUCAAGGACAAAUUGCUUUCUGACUUUUAUUUACGAGGCCAUUUCCCCCGUGAAGGAACAGAAAAUGAUUUGUCUAUGGUGAGGUGUUUAAUGAACUUUUUUGGAGUAAUAGUCUUUACCAGCCUUUGUACAUUCUUCACCCUUUUCUCAUCUGGAUGGUUCAAAAUGUACGUCUCUUUAGUUUGUGCAUAUCUCGCAUCGGCUACGUACUUCAAUAUUCGACCUUGUCCAUUGUUAGCCAUGUGAAAGCUGCAUUCUUCUCUUUUCUUUCCACGUAUUCGACCUUCUCCGUCACUGGGUAUGUAUAUGUACAACCCUGUGGUCAUUACGAAGUUUUUAUAUCUAACAGCUGGGGCACUUCUUGUAGAAAUGAGCCAACCUCAUUGUAAACUCUAGAACAAUUAUGGGGACCAAAUAUAAAGUUCUGUUCCAUUUCCUGGAAUAAAUGCUUUCCUGAUAAUUAUGAUCUC